CUCUUGUCUCACAGACAGACAGACAGACAGAGACCACCAUGACUCCCGACCACGCUGCUGCUGCUAUCGCCUCCCUACCCUACCUCGCCGCCGCCGCCGCCGGCACCUCCACCUCCACCUCCGGCUCGCUCCGGCGACCCCGCCCCUGCUGCUCCUUCCCUCUCCGCCGCCCUCCGCCCAUAUACCUCACCUGCGCCGCCUUCCCUUACACCCCUCCUCCCUGCGCCCCCGCCGGCGAUGGACAACACAUGUUCCGUGGCCUUCCCCAGCCACGAUGCUCCAACGUGGAAGCGGUCGGCGACGUGGCAGCAGCAGCAGUGCCCGACGAUUACACAGAGAACACGCCAUCAAGCAGUGGAUACGCGAAUGGCCAUAUGGCCACCGCUUCAUCGCACCAAGAAGAUCAUCCUUCUGAAGGAAGCGCGGGCAAGGAGAACCACAAGGCUACUACAGCCAACAUCAACCAAAAAAUGGUCAAGAUAUCUGAUAAGUUGAUUGGCGUCUUCAUGGUCGAUAAGCCUACACCGACGGAUUGGAGGAAAUUGCUGGCGUUCAGCAGGGAGUGGGACAACAUAAGGCCGCAUUUUUUCAAGCGCUGCCAGGAGAGAGCAGAUGCGGAAACAAAUCCUGAGAUGAAGCACGGCCUUCUCAGGCUGGCUAGAAAACUGAAAGAGGUAGACGAGGACGUACAAAGGCACAAUGAACUAUUUGAAUUAGUGAAAUCCACACCAUCUGGCAAAAUUGGUGAUGUUGUUGCUAAGCGCCGUAAAGAUUUCACGGUGGAGUUUUUCAACCACCUUUAUUAUGUCGCAGAGUCGUAUAAGGAUGAGCCUGCUAAGCAAAAAGAGUUGGCAACACUUGGAAAUGAUUGUGUGGAUGCUCUGCAAGCUCAUGAUGACAUGUCUGGCAGUCUUCAAGCGCUGAAUGUUGCGGAACUAAAGCUAAAGGACAUACUCAAUUCACCUUCAGUGGACGCUGCAUGCCGAAAGAUCGAUGACUUGGCUGAGAAGAAGGAACUAGACUCUGCGUUGGUGUUGAUGCUUUCAAAAGCUUGGUCAGCUGCAAAGGGCACCGACAUCACAAAAUCGGACGCAAAAGACAUAAUGUUCCAUCUAUACAUGACUGCUGUGGCCAAUCUCCAGAGGCAAAUGCCAAAGGACAUCAGAAUACUGAAGCAUCUUAUAAUGAUUGAGGAUCCAGCAGAACGUCUGAGUGCGUUGAAUGACGCUUUUACUCCUGGUCCUGAACUUCAAGGCGAGAAUGUCGAUACCUUAUUCACGAGUCCUGAGGUGUUGCACACUUGGGCAAGCGCUAUAAUCGACGCAUAUUAUAGCAGCAGGGAGGGCACUCUCCUUGGGCAGGCAAGGGACUUGAUGAACCCUAAAAUUAUCAAGAGGGUUGAAGAGCUUGUGAAGACGAUCAAGGAUCAAUACCUCUGACUCUGAAUGUCGAUCAUCAGAAAAGAUUGUGGUCUCAUGCUCCUGGUGAUUGCGCUACAAGUAUUAUCAUCUGAACAACAUGAUGGCCUUGCAUGCUCUGCUUGCUGCGCAGCGGUAGCGGUAGCGGAGUUGCAGUCAAUGGCUGCUGGGAAUGAAGAAUGCAAUACUUCACACGGAUUAAAUCCGGACUGUACGGUGCAUAAGUGAUUGUAGACUGUGAUGUAUGGAUGUAGGUUUCACUUAGAUUGUAUGUCUUGCUCCCUCAACCUCCCCAUAGAUAAUUAGAUAGUGUAUGCAGAUUGCCUCUGCUCAGGCAGAAUCUGAAGAGGACACUGAGAGAAUAGCACUUUAUUGUGAUCAUGAUAGACAUAAAAAGAUUUAAUAUUUUUCUUCA